AUGCUAGGAAGAAUCCGACCACCUAUUCGACCGAUCGAAAAUGAACCAUCUGAGCCUCCUCAGUUUUGCUUUGCUCUUGGCGACACAAAUGAGAUGGAUGAUCAAAUUACGACCGGUGCUGAUGAAUCACCAUUGGUAGAUGAUUCACAAUCACAACAACAACAGAACUUGACUCAGGAACAAUUACAACAAUUGUUUUCUCGAGCCAGUUCUCAAUUAGUUGCACAAUCUCACGACCGACAAGAUUUUUUCAAACGUGAUGCAUCAAUUAAAGCACCGAAAACUGGUCAAAUCAUCCAGGCACCAUUUCCACCACCUGCCGAAGAUCGUAGAGAGGACGCUGAUAUCGACCCGGAAAAAUUAAAGCAGUUAGCUCAACAAGAAGCAGGUCCGCUCAUUAUCGAACGAUACUCUCCGACCGAAACUAAAAUCAAUCAUCCAAUGACAACAGUUACGAUCACAUUCAAUCAACCAAUGAUCGCCGUCUCUACACUGGAUGAAAAUACGAAUGUAGAUAGUCUUGGUAUAUCAUUGACACCACAUAUCGAAGGUCGAUGGCGAUGGACAGGAACAAAAACGGUUCAGUUUGAAGCAAAACAUCGUUUACCAUUUGCAACAAAGUAUACAUUACAGGUCAAGAAAGACAAAUGCGUAUCGGCUAUUGGAGGAAAAUUAGCGGACGAACUCGCAUUCGAAUUUGUUACAAAACCACCAAGCGUUGUUCACUUCUCACCAUCUGGCACAGUUUCAACAUUAAAACCGAAGUGUUGUUUAUUGUUCGAUCAAAAGAUUGAUCAAAAUCAGAUCCUGCAACAUUUAUGUAUAGUCAGCAAUGACCGACGUCGAAUAACAAUCAAUGAUUUAGAACUGCUGGAUGAAGCUGUAGUAAAAAAGGAAUUUGAAGGAUUUUUUCGUGCCAAUGAAGGAAUUGGUGGGAGAUGUGUUGCAUUUACAUUCAAAACUGAUCUCUCGAAAGCAACACAAUAUUCUGUUAAGGUACCUGCAGGGUGCCCAUCAGCUGAAGGUCCAUUAAAAAGUGCAACAGAAUGGUCAGCUGACUUCAAAACGUAUGAACCUCUAAAAAUUACCCACUGGCAACCAAAUAAGAACGGCAGGCACCAACUAUCGAUUAAUCCAGGCGAAAGUUGGUCGGUUACAUUCAAUAACUCAUUGAAUCAUUCAACGAUCAACAAAUCAAUAUUCAAAAUUGAACCAGAAGUCAGCGGCUUAGGUAUUGAACACGUCGAACACAAUGAUCAACAUAUAAUUAUACAUAAUAAUUCCAAACCAAAUACUGUCUACACAUUGACUAUUCAAUCAGAAAUGUUGAAAGAUAUUCAUGGUCAAACAUUAGAGCAUGAUUUUGCUGCACAACCUAUUGAGUUCCACGUGCACCAUUCACCGCCACCACGAGGUCAUCUCUCAGGUGUUACAGGUAUGAUUAUCAUGGAUCCUGGAGUAUUAGAUGAUCCAUUUUACCCAUUUAUGGUUUAUAAUUAUUCGGAAGUAACACUUCGCGUUAAUCUGGUCCAACCAGAAGAUUACCGACGAGAUUUACCUUGUUUUCAACCGUAUCUGCAUCAACGUCGGGAACGAGUAGCGAAUACUCAUCUGCCGGGAAAGGAAUUAAUAAAUCAGACAAUACAGACGGAUUGCGAACGUGAUGUACCGAAAGAGAUGAAAUUUCCAUUGAAAUCAUAUCUAGCACAGGAGACAGGUGUUGGUCAAUUAAUGAUUUCGAUUGAACCAACAGAAAAAGCCUGGAAGCAAUGUCAACAUCAUGAAUGGGAAGAAAAACCUGUCAUAUCGGCUUGGUUACAAUGUACUCGAUUGGCAAUCGAUGUGUUCCAUUCAUCGGUACGUGACGGCGCGAAUAUUCGAUUUACAACGUGGAUAACUGACUUGAUGACUGGUGUACCUGUUCCACACACAACUGUUUCCAUAUCGGAUCAGAAAGGUGAAACAAAUCAACAAGGACUGUGCACCAUCGUACAGAAUAUUGCGAAAGAAAAGAGGCGAGAAAAAAUGUUGAUAGUACGAAAAGGUAAAGAUUCAUGUUUAUUACCAGACAUCUACUGCUAUGCUUCAAAUGUGAAUACUUAUGUUUGGCACGUAUUCAAUGAUCGAGGUCUAUAUAAGCCGAAAGAAGAAGUUCAUAUCAAAGGCUAUGUUCGAUAUUUGGCAAUGAAAGGCGAUGCGAAACUACCAACUUAUGCGCAAGGUAUUGUUGAUUAUGCAGUUCAUGAUCCUCGUGGUCAGCAACUUCAUGCUUCCAAAAUUGAAUUGAAUAAUUAUGGUGCAUUCGAUAUUAAAUUUACUUUGCCUGACAAUGUCAAUUUGGGCGAAGGAUGGGUAACAUUCAAUUUGCCAAGUUCACAUACUCAAACAACACAUUCUUUUAAAAUUCAAGAAUUUCGUCGACCCGAAUAUCAAGUUUCAUCAACGACUCGACCAACGACCGUUCAUUAUUCUCAUCCAACGAAUGAUCAAUACGUCAUUGCAAGUUGCCAAGGAAAAUUGUUUGCUGGUGGUUUCUUAAGUGAUGCAAAUGUUCAAUGGAACGUCAGUGCUGAAACAACAACAUUCACACCACCAAAUCGAUCUGAGUAUACGUUUGGUAGAGCUCGACCAUUCUUCUGUUGGUUUGGUAAUAACGAUGACAAAAAAAUAACAUAUCCUUCGCAACACUUCCAAGGUAAAACCGACAGUAGAGGUGCACAUGAAGUGAAAAUCACUUAUCAUGGUAUUGAAACUGAACCGAGACCAACGAUGGUUCGCGCAUUAGCAGCGAUUACUGAUUUAAACAAUCAAACACAAGAAACACAAACACAGUUUCUUAUUCAUCCAUCGACAUACUAUGUUGGAUUUCAAAUGACAACGAAUUAUGCAGCGAUUACUGAUUUAAACAAUCAAACACAAGAAACACAAACACAGUUUCUUAUUCAUCCAUCGACAUACUAUGUUGGAUUUCAAAUGACAACGAAUUAUGGUAAAAAAGAUCAACCCAUACAGAGCAAAGUUAUUGUUACAGAUAUCGAUGGAAAUUUAAUUGAUAAUGUUUCUGUUGAAUGUAAAAUUAUUGGUACCGCAGAAGAAAGAAAAGAAGAUACAAGCGGUCUAAUCAUUUAUGAAGAAAUCAAAGAUGAACAACAAAUUACAAAUGUCAGUUCAAACAAAGAUGCUAUUACUAUAGAAUUUACACCAAAACUAGGUGGUCAAUAUAACGUCACGUUUACUGUCAAGGAUGAACAAGGACGGUCAGCAAUGAGCUUCUAUGAGAACCUUUAUGUUACCGGUGGUACUGGAAAAGAAAUGCAACGACAAAAAGUUGAAUAUAUUCCAACAGACACCUUGACGGUUAUACCUAAUGCAACAAAUUAUCAAGCAGGUGAUAAAUGUGAAUUACUGGUCUUAGCACCAUUUAGUCCGGCUACCGGUCUAGUCCUAUUCGAUUGUGAAGGUGAAGUUUCACAACCAGUACAAUUUCAAGUCGAAUCUGGAAGAGAUUCGGCAACAGUUGAAUUUCAAAUAUCACAAGAUUGGAUACCAGGAUUUACCGCGAACGUUGAAUUAACAGGUUCACUUCCAAGAGAAACAGAAGAAGCCGAAGCACCAACUCGUCCAGCUAUUGCUGUUGGUUCAGUUGCAUUGGAAGUUUCCCGAGAUGUCUACAAAUUAAAUGUUUCAGUGAAUACAAAAGAUGAACAGAAAACUUUUACUCCAUCAUCAACUAUUCAUAUUGAUGUCGACAUCACACAAUUUGGAGGUAAAACACCCACAAAUGCAGCUGAAGUUUGUCUGGUUGUCGUUGACGAAGCGAUUCUGUCACUAACCGAUUACAAAUUAUCGAGUCCAUUAGACGUAUUCUAUCCAAAUCGACCAACAGCUAUUUCACAGCAACAUGGCAGAGACCGAUGUUUAUUAUUCAAUAUGCAAGAUAUACAACAAUUCAAGAAAGAUAUGCAACAAGACAUGGACAGAGGCCUGGUCCUAGAUGAAUGUUGUGAAUUGGCAUCUUGCUGUUUUGAAUCAUCGGCAAAACGUUGCUGUUGCAUGAGAGAUGGGUUAUGCGGUGACGAUGAUGCUGCUGCUGACCAAUCAAUAGCAGUUCGAUCAAAUUUCAAUCCAUUGGCAUGUUGGGUACCAUCAUCAUCCACCGAUUCGUCAGGACGCGUUUCAUUCGACUUUAAACUACCUGAUAAUCUCACACGUUAUCGCGUAUGGGCUAUUGCAACAAAUGAGCAACAAUAUGGUUUUGGUGAAAUGGCAUUUACUGUACAAUUGCCAGUUAUGUUACGUCCUUCACCACCGCGAUUUCUCAACUAUGGCGAUACAGCUAAGCUUUCAGUUGUUCUACAAAAUCAAACUGAUCAACCAUUAUCGUUACAUGCUGGUCUAAAAGCAGCUAAUGCUAAACUAAUUACAUCCGACACCAGCCACCAACUUGCUGGUUAUGUUGUUCAGCUAAAACCGAAUAAACGAGCAGCUGUCGUAUUUCCCCUGUCAACAGUCGAUGCAGGCACUGCACGUUUUCAAUUCAUUGUUAGUACAAUUCCGAGUGAGAAUCAAGUGCCAUUCGGUGAUGCUAUUGAAUUAAGUGUACCGGUUUUUACACCGGCAACAUCAGAAGCAUUUGCAACGUAUGGUGAUGUUAGCGAAGAAAACGUUGUUUUUCAACCGAUCAAAACACCCGAAAAUGUAAUUCCACAAUUCGGUGAAUUAUCAGUUUCAACAAGUUCAACAGCAUUAGCAUCAUUAACAGAUGCCAUUAUUUCAUUGUAUACAUAUCCAUACGAAUGUACAGAACAAUUGAGUUCAAGACUAUUGGGUGUGCAUGCAUUGUGGGAUGUUCUACAAGCAUUUCAAUGCAAAGAUUUACCGCAAACAACUGAAAUAGCAACGAAAUUACAAUCCGAUAUAAACGCAUUAAAAGGUCGUCAAUAUCCAAAUGGUGGAUUUAGUUAUUGGACAAAUCGAAGUGAUCGUUCUGCUGAUCCAAACAGGUUGAGAGAUGCUCUUCGAUAUGCAAGUCAUAUUGAAUCGGAGAUCGAUGCAUUAUCAUACGCGAAAUAUUGGAGCAAAACAACAAAAUUUAGUUUGAUGAGUUAUGCACUGUAUGUACGUGCAAAAGACGGGCAAAAUGUCGCCAAUGAAGCUGUGAAACUAUUCGAACGAAGUGGUCUUAAACAACUUAGUUUAGAAGCAUUAGGUUGGCUUUUAGUUGCAUUAUCAACUGAACAAAAUAAGCAAGCAACUGCAUUGAUUGAUUCGAUUUAUAAAUAUCUUAAAGGAAAAGUGAGUGAAACAGCUGAAACGGCCAAUUUUAUCACAUCGUAUGGUGAUGAUGGUCAAUCAGUUAUGUUACAUUCGAAUCAACGAACAGAUGCUAUUCUGUUGGAAGCAUUGUUGUACAUCGAUCCACAAUCAACACUUUGUACAAAAAUAUGUAAAGGUCUUCAAGCACAUAAAGUCAAAGGUGCUUGGAAAUCGACACAGGAAAAUUGUUUCGUUUUGAUUGCAUUAGAGAAAUAUUUUCAUAUCAAAGAAAAAGAUACACCAGACUUCGUUGCAAAGAUUUGGCUUGAUAAUGAUUACUGUGGCCAACAUCAAUAUAAAGGUCGAACAACAAACACAACGACAGUCGAUAUUCCAAUGAAAGUUGUUCUUUCUCAAUCAAAUGACAAGAAUCUGAUCAUGCAAAAAGAUGGCCGAGGUCGAUUGUAUUAUCGAAUUGCAUUGAAUUAUGCACCAACAAGUUUACAAUUAAAUGCUGCUAAUUAUGGUUUUAAAAUUGAACGUACUUAUGUAGGUGUUGAUGAUCCAUCACAUGUUCAAAAACAAGAAGAUGGUACAUGGAAAUUCAAAUUAGGUGAGAAAGUUAAAGUUGUUUUAACAAUGACAACAACACAACGACGAUAUCACAUUGCAUUAGUGGAUUAUUUACCAGCUGGAUGUGAAGCAUUGAAUACUCAAUUGAAAGGUACAAUAACCGGUGAUACAGAAUCGUCGGUAACAAGAUCAGAUCCAAGUAGAUAUUAUCUAAAUUAUAUUACCGGUUGGACUGAACAUGAAAACUUACGUGAUGAACGUGCUGAAGCAUUUCGAUCAUUAUUAUGGCCCGGUGUUUAUCAAUGGAGUUACACUAUGCGUGCAACAUGUGCUGGAACAUUUAUCAUGCCACCAGCAAAAGCAGAAGAAAUGUAUUCACCAGAAAAUUUUGGUCGAUCGGCAACAGAAAAAGCGAUUAUCAAUUGA